CACCAUUAAGACAAAAUCUUUUUCAAAGCAAACCAAUGGGAUCCUCCACUAAGGUCAACUCAAUCGUCAUAAAUCUCACAGGCGCUAACAACGAGAUUGGUAUGGUAGGAUGUGAUGGUUUCUCCAUAUGUGACUUAAUUGCUGAAGGGAGAGAAACUGAUCCUAAAAAAUAUUGGCCGUUUCCAGAGGAGAGUGCUAGUUUGGUAGACAAACAAAGCGAUUCUCUUCCUCAUUGGUGGCCGCCUAGCUUGGGCCGCACCAGAAAUAUCGAUGCUGAUGGGACAAAUGAAUCUGGACUGCCAUCAAAUUCAACAAGUAUAAUUAGCACGAACGGGCUCAAUGGCAGCUCUUCGAUUAUCCCUAGUCAAAGCGAACUGAAUUCACGAACUGCCAUUGAUCAAGAGAGACUAAGGAAUAUUGAUAUUGCAGGCAGUGCUGUUGUGGUGAAUGAGGAUAUAAACUGCGAAAGAUCCCAGGUUGAUGAUCAGAGAGAUAACGCUGUUGUGGAGAAUGAAGAUGUUAACUGCGAAAGACCCCAGAAUGAUGAUCAAAGUGACAAUGCUGUUGUGGAGAAUGAGAAUGUAAACUGCGAAAGAUCUCAGCAGGAUGAUCAGAGAGAUAAUGAUGUUGCGGAGAAUGAAGAUGUAAACUGCGAAAGAUCUCAGAAGGAUGAUCAGAGAGAUAAUGCUGCUGAAGAGAAUGAGGAUGUAAACUGUGAAAGAUCUCAGCAGAAUGAUCAGACAGACAAUAAUGCUCUUGUGGUGAAUGAGGAUGUAAACUGCGAAAGAUCUCAGAAGGAUGAUCAGAGAGCUACUAGGUCUAGCAAGAAAGUUCAUCCACCUCCGUUUAGAACAUACGCCCUUCGGAACAAAACCACAAAGAAUUACGCAGUGGUUGAACCAAUAGGAAACAAGAGAGCUGAGAAACAACCAAACGUGGAGCAGCUGGCCGUGACUGAGAUAGCUGCUUGUGCUGAAGACACGCAGCCUGAGGAGUCUGAGAGUAGAAGCCUUUUCAUCGGUGGGGCGCCCAGUACGAGAACUAGGAACGUUCGCACGCGGAGACUCGCUGAAGUGAAUGGUAAGCGUAGAGUUCAAAAGCGAAAGUGCCGACCUGGGAGCACUACACUGAGCAGGAAUAUAAGCACAGUUGGUGCAGCUUCAGGAAAUGCCUUCAAAACCGGUGAAUCUGCUCAUGGUACUGAAUCAACUGAAAGUGAGUUUGACAAAGAUCCUAUUAAGGGUAAGAAGAAGAACGUAAGGUUCCAGGUUGAAGACGAGCUUGAUACAGAACCUGAACCUGAGGUUGAUGACGAGAAGGAUGAAGAUUUUUAUCCUUGGGCUAAGAGAACUAAGAAGGUCAAAAUAGCCAAAAAGAAGAGAGCUACAACAGCAAUAAAUCCCAGUAACAAGGCUUCUUCGAGUGUGCAACCGUCAUUGAAUGAAACCGAGACGGUUCCUUCUCCACCAAGGGAUCAGGGAACUGAAGAAAGAGUGGGCACUUCACUUGACGAUGAGUUGGCUUCAGAUGGAUAUGUCAGAAAAACUAACGCUCCUCCGGUUAAUGAAAGGCAAGAGAAUAAUCGUAUGAGAUCAAGCUAUGUUCCAGUGUUUGGUAAUCCUUCUAUACCAAACACAGGUAGAGGGCUGGGAACUGGACCGGGUGCUAUUUACUUCGGCAGCGGCAGCAGCAACAGGACCAAUCAAAGAAACACCUCUCCUUCAACACAAGUUGCAGCUCAAUCUACCGUGCCGCGAAAGGAUGCUUCUGUACCAAAUACAGAUAGAGGACUGGGAACUAGAUCAGGUGCUAUUUACUUCGGCAGCAGCAACAACAACAACAAUCAAAGAAGCACCCCUUCUUCUACACAAGUUGCCGUGCCCCAAAAGGAUGCUUCUAUACCAAACACAGUUAGAGGGCUUGGAACUGGACCGGUUGCUGUUGACUUCGGCGGCAGCAGCAACAACAACAACAAUCAAAGAAGCACCCCUUCUUCUACACAAGUUGCCGUGCCGCAAAAGGAUGCUUCUAUACCAAACACAGGUAGAGGACUGGGAACUAGAUCAGGUGCUAUUUACUUCGGCAGCAACAACAUUAACAACAGUCAAAGAAACACCCCUCCUACAACAGUAGUUGCAACUCAAUCUUCCGUGCCGCAAAAGGAUGCUUCUGUACCAAACACAAGUAGGCUGGGAAGUGGACCGCGUGCUAUUUACUUCGGCAGCAGCAACAGCAACAACAAUCAAAGAGACACCCCUCCUUCUACAGUGGUUGCAGCUCAAUCUUCCGUGGCGCAAAAGGAUGCUUCUGUUUCAGACAGAAAAGGGAAGGGAGUUAUGGUCCAAAGCCAUGAUGAAGAGGUACCACAAAAGCCAAAAACACCUUUUCUGUUCGAUCUCAAUGAGACGUAUGAGGAUGUUACCUCGCUGGAGGACAACACCAACGCAGCAAGGGAAGAAGACCGUGUCCCGGUUAGAUCAGAACAGAGCUCCGUUGAGAUGUUCACACCAAGGCAGAACUCUUACAUGGCUUCUUCGUCAGUUAUGCCUCCUCCGGUGCAAGAAAGCCGCCGACGCAGCUCAAUUCUGUUUCCUGGACACAGCCCCCAGUGGAUGGGGAAUGUCCCAAUGGCUAGUCCUUAUCAUCAUCCAUCUCCAUCCACCUAUCAGGCAAUGCGUGUACCUCCUCAUCACUACGGAGCACCUUCUCCACCAGUUUGGGCAUCAUCCAUGAUACCACCACAGUAUCAUCAUCAUCAUUUCAGUCCUCCUGCUCCUUUCAACAUGGAUUAUCCGAGUAUGUUUGCACAAGCACCGAGCAGUGAACCGCGGAACCUCAGCUAUUAUGGGGCCAACUUGCUGAACCAAGCGAUGAUGAGCCGCAUGGAUCCUCGGUUUAGAUCAAACACUCCCGUUGACCACCAUGGGAACUUUGGUUUCGCUCCGAGACAUGUUCACCCGGUUAACCAGUUUAACCAAAUUGUUGAGCUUCAAUGUAGUCAUGAGAGGUCGGUUUAUUCUAGAACCAUCAGUAACCAAGGCAGAUUCCAGCAAAGGAGAAACGCAGCGAGCUUCAGCAAUGCCUCUACAUCGUACGCAGCAAACAGUUCUGGUUCCUCUAGCUGCGUUGUUAGCCGUUACCCUGGUGAGAUCAGCGAGAUAGAGCCAGGGAAUAUCUACUUGGUACAUGAAGAAGAUCUGCAUGUGCCUGAGCGCAUUUCGGAGUUUGAGCAGGCUGAUGAGGAGCAAGCUGGUCCAAUUACAGAAAGUGGCUAAAGACAGACAACGUGGAAGAGAUUUGUGCAGGUACUAGGAGGAAGAGAGCUAUAAAGAGACGCCUAGUCCUGCAGAAACCAGUGAAGUCAAUCUUCCCAGUUUCUCCGGUUCUUGGAUUUUUGAACUUUUACAUUUCUUAUCCCUUUUUUUAUUAUUAUGUUUGGUAACGCAUAAAACAUUCAUCGUGUGCGUAUACCUUAAGUUAUUGUGCUACCCUUGUUGGCUUUGGUUUUCGUAUUUUCGGAUUAUCUUUCAGACUUAUUUAUUUAU